AUGCCUCGUGAAAGCUCUCCAAGAUCAGCUAAGCAAAGAGGACCAGCUGAAGCAUGCACAGGAUCAAAAUUGGAUGACAGCCAACCGCGAGUGGACGUUUCAGAUGUGGGAUGGGAAGGCCAAAAUGUUGAAGGUGGACAGCACACGUUCCCCCAUCCCCCACAACGCGAUGCUACAGAAGCUUCACACAUUGAUGCAAACCUUGGCGUCUCCGGAGGUAGUACACCGGUUCAGAAGUACCAGACCGCUUCGGGAGAACAUGGAGGGAAACGUGAUCGGGGUGCAAAUCCGAAAGCAAACUCUGCAGCGAUCGCAGCUGGCAGCGAUGCUACACCAGUACUUGCAAGGAUACUGAGGCUGGAACUGGGGAACACAUCGCAAACAUGUUACGUCAAUUCAGUGUUCUGGGCAUACACAUGGAAUGCACUGCAUAUCAGAAUUUCCCAAGAGGCGCGCUUUGGUCACGCUACUGAGGCUAUAGCAAGAGUGCUUAAGCAACGACAGGCCAACUUGGUAAGGAUGACCACAUGGCGUGCAAUUUUUGCAGGCUGGCCAAGCAUUGGUGAACAACAUGAUGCGAUUGAGUUCCUGGGACACUUUCUUCAAUUUGCCAGGCCGAUGUGCUGGGAUGGGGAAUGGCAGGCACGCACAGUGGACGACGACGGCAUGCCACAUGUGCAAUAUCGUGAAUCUACUUUGCAGGCUAUUUCAUUAGUGCUUGCUGAGGGGUCAGGGCCUCAUUCCCUACAGGAGUUGGUGAAUGCUUGGCACGCUCAGGCCGACGUACAUGCAUUGUCGCAGGUACCAUGCUAUGUUUCCGGGCGCACUUUGGAGAUCCAGUGGCGAUCUUAUCGAGUGGGGACCUGUAUACUCCACCAUGGUGCUACGCCCACCUCGGGCCAUUAUACUUCACUCAUGGCGCAGGCGGAUGGAUGGCUUCGCACAGAUGAUUAUCAGGUUCCUCAACCUGUCAGCAGAAUCACUGCAGCGCAUGAGAGAGAGGUGUAUGCGUUGCUGCUGAGGCUCGAUGAGUGA